AUGCGAGAAUUCCGGCGCCUUGCUGUUCUUAGCCUGCUGGGCCGCCUUCUCAAAACGGUGGAAGCCCUCACUCACGGAGUGAGCCCUGCAGAAGUGGCGAGAUACCACGGGGACACCUUCGCGUGCGAGGAGGGGUCCACUAAGCUCCCCGCCGCAGCCGUGAACGACGACUUCUGCGACUGUGAGGACGGCAGCGAUGAACCUGGGACCGCUGCCUGCGCUGGCUGGCCAGGUACUGAUGACAGGUGGUUCUACUGCCCGAAUGCGGCCGGAACUCCGAGAUAUGUAUAUAGGUCACGAGUGGGCGAUGGAGUUUGUGACUGCUGCGAUGGCUCAGACGAGUGGCAGCGGCCUGGACUCUGUUCCGACACCUGCGAGGAGCAGGGCCGCGCCAGAAAGGCUCGCAUGGAGCAGCGCCGUGCCGAGAUGGAGCGCGGAAUCCAGCGCCGCCAGGCGGCCUUGGCCAACUCAGAGGCCGAGGUCAAGGACUGGACCGCCAAAGUGGCCGUCCUGGAAGCCGAGGAGGCGGAGCUCUUGAAGAGCCUCGAGGUCCGCCAGGAGACCCAGCGCCAGAAGCGAGCUGCUGUGGUCAAGGAGGCAGAGCAAGCUGGCAGGGAGGUGGCUCCAGACUUGGCCCUAGAAGACAAGAAGGUGUCAGAGUACGCGAAGUGGAUGGAGAAAGGAGGGGAGGCAGCUGGCACUGAGGGUGGGAGUGCGACCAGCUCGGAGCAGGCAUGCAGCGGCAAAGUCUGCAUAUCUCGGGCAACCGUCCCACGGAGGGACCUGCGCCAGAUCAAGGUCAAGAGUGGUGCCCUCAUCGAUUUCGUGGAGUUUGUCUUUGUGUCGGGCGAGCCCCUGGUGGUCGGCGAAGGGAACGGCGAAGAGCAGGAGCCCUUUGACCUGGAGCCUGGUGAGGUGCUGGCGGAGCUUCGUGGAGGCCAGGGUGGGCUUCUGGACCGGCUGCAGUUCGUCACCAACCGCGGCCGAGAGUCCAAAGCCUACGGCGGCAGCGGCGGCGACGACUUCAGCUUCAAGGCCAGCGAUGGCAAGAUGAUCGUUGGCCUCCGCCGUGCCGUCGGCCUGGCCGGAAGGAUCACCCACAUCGAGGAGUGUCUGACCCGUCCCCUGACAGCGGCUGAAAAGGAACUGGACGAGGCUUCAUCGCGGGUGCAGGAGGCUGAGCGAGGCCUCUUGGCCAAGGCUGCGGAGAUGAAGGAACUGCGGCAGAAGAUCGAGGCAGCCACGGGCGCCCAUGCUGCCUACCAGAGCUUGAACGAGUGCGCCACGGGCCAGCUCGGCCAGUACAAUUACAAGAUCUGCCCCUUCGGUGAAGCCACGCAGGGUCACGUGCGUCUUGGCAAGUGGAAGGGCUGGGCAAGCGACGCCCGGCACGUAGGCCUUUUCGAGAACGGCGAGCGAUGCUUCUCGGGCAUCGUGCGCUCGAUCCGGGUGCACUUCGAAUGUGGGGAGAAGCAUGUCAUUGAGACGGUGCGCGAGCCGAGCCAAUGCGUGUACGAGGCGACCAUGACGCACCCGGCAGCCUGCGAUCCCAAAGAGUUCGAGGAGAGCAACCGUGUCCUCCAGCCCCAUGAAGGGCAUCUCGAGUUGUGA